AUGGCUACUUUUGACAUCACGUACCUUGUUACAGUGUCGUUGAAACCAGAUGAAGGUUCAACACUGCCGAUCCAAGACCAAAAAGUGGUGUGGGUUCCUCCUGAGCAUCCAGAAGAAUCAGCUUACAGCGCUUGGCCCGAACGCCGUACCGGUACAACCUUUAACCAAGAUACGGAAGAUCUUUGGUUAUUCGACCUUAAUGUUGUGCUUGGCUCCAAGUCUAGCCCCACUGUCAUGACCUUUACGAUCGGGCCAUAUGUAUUCGAGUACUCCUGGGGCUGGGAAUUUUUUCGAGACAUCCAUGACCAUAGUUUCGCGAUCUCAGAUCUGGAGACAAAUAACGAGAGUCACAACAUCAGAGCCCGAAACCAAUGGCUUGCAAUUCGGGCUCCAAAGAUGAGGAACCCGGCAAUCACCAUCUCUGCCAAAGGCGAAGGGUAUGCUGCAGUUAGGAAGGUCGGGCUGUUUGUGAGGCGAAAUGCCAACGCUCUAAACGAGUUCAUCUGUGUGAAAACCUCGGGUCGCCUUACCGGAAAUUUUAUAAAGAGGCACGAACACGAGCAAUGGUGGGAAGAUAGUCCCUGGAUGCAUGGCGUGGAUGUGAAGAAUUGUGCCAUCACCAUGUUCCCUAAACAGCUGUACGGCACUAAUGGCAGCCGCGCGCUGUACAAAAAAUUCGUCACAGUCGACGACGACGAUAAGGAUCGGGCGCUCUCUGAAUCUCAUCAGCAUUGGGCACGAAUGUAUAGAGACAGGGAAAACACCCAUGUCUCGCCGAAGGCGUACAUGUGGCUACAGGAUUUCGACACCAAUUUAUACUCAACUACGUCUGGCGAGGAACUGCUCAAUUGGUCGAGCAUGAAGCCUAGCCCUGAGGGAGACCCAGAUAGCGGCAUAAAGUGGCUGCUGGGAAUUUUCAGCAGCAUUACGAAAAUCGUUACUGGUCUUGUCACAGGGAAUCUGGCCGAGGCCAUCGAGGGUACAUUCGAAUUGGGCGACAAACUGAUCGUUGAAAACGCGAACACAAAGGGAUUUAUCACUGCAGUUGCAGAGGGUAUGCCUCAGAAGAUGGAUAUCGGUCUCAACACGAGGAACAUUCCCGACUUGCGAGCCGGUGAUACAAAGGGUGAAGAUUUCGGUUUCACGGUCUCUAAGUAG